AGUACAAGUGUAUGCAAAAAGAGAUUCUAGGACUGAUUAGUAAUAAUGUGAAUCGUGUAAGGAUUAGUAAAUCUUACAAAAGCUUCCUCGUUUCAGUAGAAGUCAUGUAAAAGAGAAAUUCUAGGUCUGAUUAGUGAAUUUAUAAAACCGUGUCUCACUAAUUUGUUGGACCUCACACUUGUCGGUUUCAUGAGAGAAUUAGGACUCAUGAAAGAAUUAGGAUUCAAUCAUUAUAAAUAGAACCCUCACUCCCCUAACUCUUCUCAUCGUCAAAACAAAUAUACAUUCUGUUUUCUUAUCAUUCGAUUACUCUCUUGUUGAGGCCACCAUGAACAUGAAGCUUUUGAUUGCUGUUCUGAUAUUCUUCUUGUUCUCUGCGGCUGCUGAUUCAUGUUCUGAUUUCAUGUUUCCCGACAACAAAGUCUUCACGUCAUGCACCAAUCUGUCCGCACUCAACUCCUUUCUCUACUGGAGUCAGAACCCAUCAUCAACAACUCUUGACAUGGCAUACCGUCACAGUCAUGUCCCUCCCUCCACGUGGGUUGCAUGGGGCAUCAAUCCCAAGCCAAACAAGAUGGUGGGUACUCAGGCGAUCAUUGCAUAUCAGAAGCCAGAUGGAAACAUGGCUGUCUACACCUCGUCCGUUGAUAGCUAUGCGACUCAACUGCAAAAGGGAAACUUGAGUUUCCCUGUUUCUGAUUUGUCUGCCUUGUUUUCUAAUGAUGAGAUCAUUAUCUUCGCAACGAUACAACUUCCCAACAACAGUUCUACUAUCAACCAUGUGUGGCAAGAUGGACCCAUAACUGGCAACCAUCUUGGCAUUCACGAUCUAUCUGGACGUCAUCUUCAAUCCAUGGGAACUCUCAAUCUUUUAUCUGGACGGGCCUUCGCCUCUCGCAGAUCCGAUUCGAAAACCAAACUCAAGAUUUCACAUGGUGUACUCAACACAAUUAGCUGGGGCAUUAUGAUGCCAAUUGGCCUUUUGGUGGCAAGAUAUUUAAAGGCAGUUGGACCGGCAGCGGACCCCUUAUGGUUCUACCUCCAUAUUGUUGUUCAACUCUCAGCCUAUAUAAUCGGCUUGGCAGGAGGUGCAACUGGGUUUCUUCUUCUCAGCAAAUCUUCUGGCAUUCAUCACCCUUGCCAUCUGGGCAUUGGGAUUAUACUUUUUUCCCUUGGACUACUUCAGGUCUCUGCUCUACUUCUGCGACCUAGCAAGGACCACAAGUAUAGGUAUCUCUGGAAUUUGUUCCACCAUAACACGGGAUACGCAGUCAUUCUCUUGAGCUUCUUCAACAUAUGGUUAGGAUUCAGCAUUUUGAAGCCCGCGAAAGAAUGGAUGAUUGCAUAUGGUGUUGUGUUCGGGGCAUUGAUAUUAUCUGCAUUCCUCCUUGAAGUGUGGAAGAAGUUUGCAAGAGAUAGGACUGGUAGAGCACAUGAAGAAGUCAAUAAAUCUGCAAGUACAAGUCCCGUAAAUAAUGUGUAAAAUUUCUACAUAUAUGUAAUUGAGAAUUGACCAAGAGAAAAGACACCUAAGUAUUGAUACUACUUACACUAUUACUUUGUUUUGGAUGCUUGAUUGUUGAGUGGGGGACUAAAUGUUGCUAUUAAUGAUACUACAAUUUUUAAAGCUGUUAAUGAUACCACAUUUUUUAAUGCUAUUAAGGUUGUCUAGGGCCUAUAUUUUAUUGUGAUCACUUUAGUUGUCAUGCCUUGAGAUUUUCUUCACAAAAAUAGGGAUUUUAAAUGGGAGUGUAUCCAUU